AUGUCAUAUGGAUUUGGAUUGACGCUGGAUUUCUUUGCCGUUGUUUUCCUUUCUCUUGCCCUGCGUUUUGCGAGUGGAGACGUAACCUACUCUCUAGCAGAGGAGAUGAAACGCGGGUCUGUUAUUGGAAAUGUCGCCAAGGAUCUCGGCCUGGAAACGAGGACACUGUCCUCUCGUAAAGCUCGUAUUGACACUGAAGGGAACGGCAAGCGGUAUUGUGACGUCAAUCUGAACACCGGGGAUUUGAUCGUUGCAGACAGGAUGGACAGGGAAGGCCUGUGUGGUAAGAAGGCGUCGUGUGUUUUAAAGGAGGAACUUGUGCUGGAGAAUCCUUUAGAGCUGCAUCGGAUAAGUCUGCAUAUUCAAGACAUAAACGAUAACUCGCCACAGUUCAUUGAAAAUAUGAUUUCAUUUGAAAUCCGCGAAUCAGCUGUGAAGGGGGCUAGAUUUUUACUAAAUGAAGCCCACGAUGCAGAUAUCGGUUCCAAUACAGUGCAGACCUACAAGCUGCAAAGAAACGAGCAUUUCAGCCUGGAUGUCAACACGGAGGGCGCAGGACGCAAACACAGUGAAUUGGUUUUGGAAAAAGAAUUAGACCGGGAGCAAGAGAAGGAAUUAGACUUAUUGCUCACAGCAGUGGACGGCGGCAACCCACAGAAAUCAGGCUCCGUAGUAAUUCACGUCACCGUGCUGGAUGCUAACGAUAACGCCCCGGUGUUCAGCCAGACCGUCUAUAAGGCAAGUCUACCUGAAAACUCUCCUCCAGACACUGUGGUGGUGACAGUUAGUGCUACUGAUGCAGACGAGGGACCCAACGGCCAUGUAGUUUAUGACUUUGACCAUCUUUCUGAUGAAUAUGUGGCUUUAUAUUCGCUGGAUAACAAGGCCGGUGAGAUACGAGUCACUGGGCAAAUUGAUUAUGAAACUGAGCCAUCCUAUGAGCUGCGUAUAAGAGCAAAAGAUGGAGCAGGUCUGACAUCAUAUUGUACAGUAAUCAUAGAUAUAACAGACGUUAAUGACAAUGCCCCGGUGAUAAAUUUGAUAUCACUAAUCAACCCCGUGCCUGAAAACGUGCCACCUGGUACAGAGGUGGGCAUCAUUAACGUGCAGGAUAGAGACUCGGAGAAGAACAGACAGGUUCACUCCUCCAUUCAGCAAAACCUGCCUUUCAAGUUGGUUCCUUCCAUCAAAAACUAUUAUUCUCUGGUGACAACGGGUCCAUUAGACCGCGAACUAGUAUCUGAUUACAACAUCACAAUCACUGCUACUGAUGAGGGCUCUCCUCCUCUUUCCUCCUCUAAAAGUGUUCACUUAUCUGUAGCCGACGUCAACGACAACCCACCUGUGUUUGAGGAGCAGUCCUACAAGGCCUACGUGACUGAAAACAACAAACCUGGAUCUACUUUCUGUUCCGUUAGUGCCCUAGACCCAGACUGGAGACAAAACGGUACAGUGAUUUAUUCUCUUUUACCUGCGGAGGUGAACGGUGCCCCGGUGUCCUCCUAUCUCUCCGUUAACGGAGACACGGGGCUGAUCCACGCUGUCAGGUCGUUGGAUUAUGAACAGUUCAGGAGCUUUAAAGUUCACGUGAUGGCGCGAGACAACGGUUCUCCUCCACUCAGCAGCAACGUGACCGUCAGUGUCUUCAUAACGGAUGUGAAUGACAACUCUCCUCAGAUACUUUACCCCGCCCCGGAGGGACACUCCUUCAUGACUGAACUCGUCCCCAAAGCAGCUCACGGGGGCUCUCUGGUGUCCAAGGUGAUAGCGGUGGAUGCAGACUCCGGACAGAACGCCUGGCUGUCCUAUCAUAUAGUCAAAUCCACUGAUCCGGGACUUUUCACUAUUGGUCUCCACAGUGGAGAGAUCAGGACACAGCGGGACAUUUCUGAAUCUGACAACAUGAAACAGAAUCUUAUUGUGGCAGUAAAAGAUAACGGACAGCCCUCUCUGUCUGCCACCUGUUCCAUGUAUUUACUGAUUUCUGAUAACUUGGCUGAAGUGCCAGAACUGAAAGACAUGUCUUAUGAUGAGACUAACUCCAAACUGACCUCUUAUCUGAUCAUCGCGCUGGUGUCAGUCUCCACCUUUUUCCUGACCUUCAUUAUUGUCAUCCUGGGUGUGAGGUUUUGUCGCAGGAGAAAACCCAGACUGUUGUUUGAUGGAGCGGUGGCCAUCCCCAGUGCUUAUCUGCCCCCUAAUUACGCAGAAGUUGACGGAACAGGAACGUUACGCAGCACUUACAAUUAUGACGCUUAUCUGACAACGGGCUCUAGAACCAGUGACUUCAAGUUUGUGAGAUCUUACAAUGACAACACACUGCCUGCAGACCAGACUCUGAAGAAAAGUCCAACUGAUUUUACCGAGGUAUUUGGAAACUUCGACGAGUCUCCUGAGGUAAGCCCGUCAAUAUUUGUAUCUGCAACGCGGCCAUUUGCUCGGUGA